AUGUUUUUCCCGCAAGAUCCAAUGCUUUUGUACCAGCAAUCUCCAUAUAUGACUCCACCAGCAAUUCCUCGAAGUCCCCCAGUUCGAUCUUCGUUUUUAAUCGACGAUCUUUUGGUAAGAAGACAGUCUCCCUAUAUAGUUCCAAAACAGCCCCAAGAUAAUCAUUUACACGAGCCUCAAGUUUCUUCAGGCAAUGGAAACUCGUUCAAGUUUGGCAUGCCCAGCAUAUUUUCACGGACCCGCGAAGAGCAUUCAACAGUUUACCAAGGUAAGUUUCUUAUCAAUUUUAACCUAUUUAGGAAAGGCUUGUUUAAGGGAGUGUCUCUGUUUUAAAUCAGAUUGCCCUUUUUGCGUCGGGCUUAUAAAUCCUUUGUCCGCGAGCUGUUUCUGUGCUUUGCGUUCAAAAAUGAAAGCGCUUAUCGUAAUGGUACCAUUUUUAAGUCAUCUAUUAACAACUUUGAAGCUGCGAAAAGAUUCUAAAGAGGGGAAAUAAAAGAAAUUUGAGCCGAUAAUGGCUUAAAACUCACGAAUUCCCUAAACUGAAAGCAAAUACUUAAAAGUAAUUUAAUCUUUCUUUUCCUUUCCGUAAAAAGGGCCUUUUUUAUCAGGAAUCCCUCAUUUUGUAAUUACAUUUUCACACUUUCAACGCCUCCUUUUAUUAUGAACUCUUUCAAAACCCAAGAUAAAGAGUUGCGAUUAUCUUCUCGGGGGUUUGUGCGAGUCGAACUAUCGGGAUAUGAACACAAGUCACAGAAAUCUCAUUUCACUUGGAUAUAUUAGAACUUGCUAGUAUAAUACCAGUUCACAGACUAUACGCCUCUAUUUAAUUAUAUUUACGCAAACUGGGAAUUCAGCAGGUUCUUGUUAAAAAAAGGAACAAAUCUCCAUUCUAGUUUUAUCUAUAGAUGAAAAUACUUGUCGCAUUAAGCGAAGAAGACACAUCUGGCUGACUAAAAGCUCACUGAUGAGGCUGCCCAUCACUGAACUCAGUACCCAAUUCAUUUCCAAGAAAAUAUCACAGUAAUUGAGAACAUUUUACCCUAGACAAAAAUCUUCUCCGAUGUAAACAGAAGUGGGGUUUACUUUACGUGGUUAAGUUUUGAAAACUAAAAAUUCCGACCGAGAGCAAUGUUAUUGUCCUGUAGUACUAGUAUACGAGAUAAAAUAGAUUUUGCAUAGCUGAGUGGGUCUUUUUUCGGUCCAAUAUUGCCUUCUCCCCUUCUAUUAAGCGUGAAAGCGUUCGAUUUUUUUCUUGCUAUUUUUAAAGUUUUCUUUUUCUUUUCAGAUCCCAGCCCUGAAGUUCUGAACUCUCUCCCAGUAUACUUUCGCCUUAAGCCAACCAUAAGGACACCGAGCGGUCGCAGAUGCCGCAAAUCUCGCACUGUCUUCACUGAUCUCCAGUUGCGCAUUCUCGAGAAAACCUUUUCCGAACAGAAGUACUUGGACACGUCCAGCCGAGCGAAACUUGCUCAGACUUUGGGCUUGAACGAGACACAAGUGAAAACGUGGUUCCAGAACAGGAGAAUGAAAUGGAAGAAAGACGCAAAACAGACCAAGCAAGCAGAAAGCAGCGAUGGGCAGACACGAAAUGACGCGGAAACCAACAAUGAAGACAAAAAAAGAAACGGAGAGGCAAGCUGCGUAAUGGAAAGCGAGGAAGUGGAGAUAAAGAGAGAAAGCGAACAGUCAUUAGUUUAGGUUUUAGUCCAUUAAAAGAAUCUUUAAUGAGAUAAAACCGCAAAAUUUUUACAUAGUAUUACGUAUCGUUCUUGAGAACCAACUCUUGGGGAGUUACUCUAAUUUGAGAUCUAAACUUUUUUGGUAGUUCUUCGAGAUCAUAGCAAGUAUCAUCAAC